AUGACAAUACCUUCUUAUAAUAACAGUUACGUCGUCGUCGACAGAAACGGCAUCGUCGAAAACAAGCACUUGGUUCAUGCUGUCGUCGUGGACUCUACCGGGCAGCUUCUGCUUUCCCUCGGCGACCCAUCGCGAAUAACCUUGAUUCGCUCCGCAGCCAAGCCUGCUCAAGCGCUGGCAGUUGUGGAAACUGGUGCCCUUGAGCAAUUUGGCUUUGAUGAUGUUGAUCUAGCACUCAUGUGUGCCUCACACAGCAGCGAAGAACGGCAUGUUGCACGGGCUCAGCAAAUGCUCGCGAAAUCACAGCACAUUGAGGAUCAGUUGCGCUGUGGUGGUCAUCCUUCAAUCAACUUAGCUAUCAACCGAGAAUGGAUACAGCGUGGUUUCGAGCCAACCGGAGUUUACAAUAAUUGCUCCGGAAAACACGCGGGUAUGCUAGCCGGUGCUAAAGCUAUCACCGCUUCCUCAGACGACUAUCACCUAUUGACACAUCCGAUCCAGGCUAGAGUCAGGCGGGUGGUGGAGGAAUUGGCAGGUCUGGAAGAACAAGAUGUUCAGUGGGGGCUUGACGGUUGCAAUAUGCCAGCUCCCGCGCUACCCCUCUUCCAUCUGGCUAAGAUUUAUGCUUCAUUUGCUCAAGCGUCAGAUGCAUUGGCAAGCGGCGAUCCAACCGCUAAAAGAGUACAACAUAUGGGGCGGAUAUUUAACGCCAUGUCUCGAAGCCCCGAGAUGGUUGGCGGCGAGGGCAGAUUUGAUACGCUCCUUAUGCGUGCUUUCAAUGGCACUAUCAUCGGGAAGGUUGGGGCCGAUGGCUGCUAUGGGAUCGGACUGCGUGAGUCUGAGCGGACCGAAAAUCUUGGGGCUGUGGGCGCAAUUGGUAUUGCGGUCAAGAUUGAAGAUGGAAAUUUGGAUAUACUCUAUGCCUCCGUGGCCGAGAUCUUGGAGCGGCUGAAGGUUUGCAGCCGAGAAGACGUACAGAGCCUGGAGACAUAUCAUCAUCCUAAAAUUAGAAACACCAUGGACAUCGUCACAGGUACAACAAACUUCCAGUUUAGUUUUAAGUCAGAAAGAGGAGUUUUGAUCGGUUAG